AUGCUAUCUAAGAAAUUGACUGUUGAUAAGAUCCCCCACAUGAUUAAGAACAAGAGAGUCUUAGUCAGAGUAGACUUUAAUGUUCCAAUUAAGGAUGGAAAGGUUGCCGAUCCUACAAGAAUUGUAUCUACUCUUGAUACAAUCAACUUCUUAAAGGAAAAUGGUGCUAAAUCCAUUGUGUUGAUGAGUCAUUUGGGUAGACCAAAAGGAGUUAGACAAGAACAAUUCUCAUUAGCUCCUGUUGUCCCAGCGCUUGAAGACAUUAUUGGCCAGAAAGUUAACUUUUUAAACGACUGUAUUGGUACUGAAGUUGAAGGAGAAGUGGCAAAUACUAAAGAUGGAAAUAUCCUGCUUUUGGAGAAUCUCAGAUUCUACUUGGAAGAGGAAGGAAAAGGAGUCAUAAAUGGAGAGAAAGUCAAAGCUGAUCCAACCAAGGUUGAGUCUUUCAGAUCCCAACUCACUAGACUUGGAGAUCUUUAUGUAAAUGAUGCUUUUGGAACUUGCCACAGAGCUCAUUCCUCAAUGGUUGGUGUCAAUGUGGACACCAGAGCUGCCGGAUUUUUGUUAAAGAAGGAACUUGAUUACUUCUCAAAAGUUUUAGAAGAUCCUAAAAGACCUCUCACCGUUAUUCUUGGAGGAGCUAAAGUUGCAGAUAAAAUUCAACUGAUCAACAAUUUGCUAGACUUGGCAGAUGAAAUGAUCAUUGGUGGAGGAAUGGCUUUCACAUUCAACAAAGUCCUGAACAAUACCCCAAUCGGAGCAUCCCUCUAUGAUGAAGAAGGAGCUAAGACUGUUCAUGGCAUUAUGGAAAAGGCAAAAGAAAAGGGAGUAAAGAUUCAUAUUCCAAGUGAUUUUGUUUGUGCUGAGAGCUUUGCAGAAGAUGCUAAAUUUGCCUACAAAACUGAAGAUGAAGGAGUCCCAGAUGGAUGGUUAGGUCUGGACAUUGGAGAUAAAACUAUUCGCAGCUUUGAUGAGGUUAUUAGAAGAUCUAACACCCUUUUCUGGAAUGGACCUUCAGGAGUUUUUGAAUGGAAAAACUUUGCUAAAGGAUCUCAUGCAAUGCUUCAAGCUGUUACUGAAUCAACCAAGAAUGGAACAGUUUCUGUAUGUGGAGGAGGAGAUACCCUCAAUCUUUUGAAGCAAGUAGAUGGAGCCAAAGAGAAUAUUUCUCAUGUUAGUACUGGAGGAGGUGCCUCCUUAGAACUUGUUGAAGGAAAAGAACUUCCAGGAAUCAAGGCUUUGUCUGAUAUCAACUAGCUUGGUUACUCAACAAUUUCAACACAAUGC